AUGGAAAUCUGUCCCCCUGAUCCGCCUAAACGAACGCCGCAGCAGUCGAUUAUUGAGGCAAAAAAUAAAAUUCGGUUGGGCCACGAUGCAUGCUGCAACUGCUGCUGCUGUUGCACACCGCAACCUACAUGCUACUAUUACUGGAAAUCGAACGUACCGAUGGAAAAUGACACAACAUAUCGUCUCUCUUAUUGGGAAGGACCCGGCGCCAUUGUCGAAUCCUUUCGUCCUGAAGACAAUCUGACGUGCAGUGACGCGCCAAUGUCUGAUGAAACGACGCACAAAAUAAGCUACUUUGGCAAUUGGUGCGUAAAAACAGAUCCGCCAAUAACACCCUGCGACAGACAGUGGCUGGGUAGAGGUCCAAUGGAAGAUGUCACAACGCACAAACAUGAUUAUUCGUGGAAAAGCGUGAGACGACCUGAGAUCGUCAAGGCGCAAAAUAAUUUGUAUCCUCCCUGUGCUGCUUUGUCCGAUGAUACGACGUAUCGCUUGAGCUACUACAACUCCUCCUGCUUGCUUCCGAUACAAUCUUAUGCGCCCAUUAGAAAAUAUGUCAAAUCGGAUACACCGAUGGAAGGUUGUACGACGUACAGGCUUAGCUAUUGGCCAAACGAGGCUCCUGUAAAAGAGGAGGUACCGUGGAGUCAAAAAGGAGAGUACCAUCGCCCGGUGACGCCGAUGGACGGAUGUACGACCUACAGACUGAGUUACUGGCCUCACUGUGGCGAGAAGCGUCCGGAACCUUACAGCCACGAUGACACUGAAAAUUUAUUAAACGCCGGCUGCUGCUUCGACGAUAAUACCACGUACCGACUUAGCUAUUUCGGGUGUGGCGGUGACAAGCCACCGGAUCCCAUUCGCCAGCCUAGCAACAUGAUUUUCUCGCCGUGUCCACUCUCCCACGACACCGUCAAUCGGUUGAGUUUCCUGGGCAACUGGUGUGUCAAACCGGAAACGCCUGUUACGCCUUGCGACCGACAAUUGUUGGGCAGAGGACCGAUGCAGGAUGAAACUACGCAGAAGCACGACUACACCUGGAAGCGCGUGAUGCCGCCAACAGAGGUUCGACCCGAGAACAAUCUUACUUUCUCGCCCUUGCCGCUGGAAUCCUGCACGACUCAUAGACUGUCUUAUAUACCGAACGAUCACGAAUGCCUGCUGCCUAUUAAAUCGUACGCGCCCAUACGCAAGUAUCAGCCGUCCGAUGUUCCGAUGGAAUCCGAGACCACGACGCGACUGAGUUAUCAACCGGUAGAGCCAGCGGAUCAGGCCGAGAAACCAUGGGCUGCACCUACGCCCUAUUAUUCACCCGUCAAUCCCAUGGAGGACAAUACCACGUACAAUCUAAGCUAUAUCCCGCCUGGAACGCUCGUCCCCCUGCCAUCACCUUGUUCCGCUUCUUGUCCUCCUGCCAACACCUACGGAAGUUGGGAUGAAAUGGGACGGGCCCAACUGUGCGAGUUUGCGGGUCAGGAGUUAAAUGACCCGCGUUGGCAUUUGCUUCUCACUUUCACUCAUCUCCUGAGAGCGCAUCGCCGAUUUCGUAGCAGAGAAACCGAUAAAUCCACUUUGGGAUUCGUGUUACACUCUUCCGCGUUAGCAAUGAUUCUGGGAUUGGCGGUGGCGCAAGAUUCAAAUUACCAUGGACGCAACUACCAGCAGGAUGAUGGACAACAUCAGGUUGACAGCAGACGACCUACAAGCACUACACCCAUUCCAAUUUUGCACUGGAACAAGCAGCAGGAACACGAUGGAACUUACAAGACCAGUUACGAAACGGGCAACAAUAUCAUCGCCGAGGAAAGCGGCUACAUCAAGACCAUCGGCGAAGGUGAAGACCGGGCGGAGGCGAUCGUGCAGCAAGGCACCUUCUCGUACACGAGUCCCGAGGGACAGCUGAUCACCAUUCACUACACCGCCGACGAGACCGGCUUUCACGCGCAGGGCGAUCACAUUCCCACGCCACCGCCCGUUAGCGAGGAGAUCCAGAAAGGCCUCGACCUCAUCUACGCGGGUAUUCGUCAGCAAGAGGAGGAAGAAGCUCGCGCAGCAGCCCAAAAACCACAGCAACCACUGAGCCAGCAGGUCGACAGGCGGGAUGAAUACAAUAACAGAAAGUACCAAUAGCAAGCUCCCGUCGGUGCUUCAGCGAUAUAACGUAUUCGCAGCAUUGUACCGUCAUUAAGAAAUAGCAAUUAAGUUGUUAAGUUACUUUAUCCCCUCGCGCUCCAAAUACAUUCUCCAUUCUAUGUACAUUUAUAGUAAGAAACAUUGGUAAGUUCGACUCCGCUCUUUCGUCCUUCCACCGUUAAUCAUGUCGAUCCUUUCUCAACGUGAGAUCCUGGCAUUCGUAUGCACCAUUAAUGAUUAAUCUCCUUCUAUCUCUCUGUGGCGGCGUCGGCCACCGCGUAAUUGUGCUCUUCGGGUGGGAACUGACAUUUCUUGUGUCGCGAUAGAGAAGAAUGUCACGGGAGUAUACCAUAUCCAGCGAACUAAUCUACUCGUAAUCGAGUCUACGCCCAUUCAUGGCGUUGUUAUCUUUAACCUCGCCGUAGAACAUUUCUGUUUUUAGUGCGAGAACUUAGAACUUUGAUACAAUUGCUCGAUAGCUUCUUUUUAUAGUACGCUUCUCUCUAUACACUUAAGAGAAAAACGUUUUCUUCUCUUAGAGCACCUACAUUUUUAUAUUUUAGCUGUGUUGAUUCUUCGUACAGCAUUUUAUUUUGUA